ACGGCGACCGCGACAUUCCUUUACACCAAACCCCCCAUCAAUCAGCCUACCAUUUUACACAACAUGCGUCUCCUCACCCUCCUCUCACUCACCCUCCUCGGGUUCGGUUCAGCACCCACCCUCGCCGCAGCAAAAAAAACACCCGAAGAGCGCUUCCAGCACUACCACAACAAAGCCCUCUCCUCUGCCCCGCUCAAGCUCGCUGAUGCCUCAUACCGCGAGCUGACGAGCGCGCCGCGCGACUACAGCGUGGCCGUGCUCCUGACGGCCAUGGACAGCCGGUACGGGUGCCAGCUGUGCCGCGAGUUCCAGCCCGAGUGGGAGCUGCUGGCGCGCAGCUGGACGGGCGGAGAUAAGAAGGGCGAGUCGCGGACCGUGUUUGGGACGCUCGACUUCGGGGAUGGCAGGGACAUCUUCAUGAGCUUGGGCUUGCAAACGGCGCCGGUGCUGUUUCUGUUCCCGCCCACGAUUGGUCCGCACGCCGUGGCCUCGCCGGAGCCGAUUCGAUAUGACUUUACGAGCGGCUCCCAAGCAGCCGAGCUCGUCCACAGCUGGUUGGCGCGGCACCUGCCCGACCGCCCGCACCCGCCCGUCAAGCGACCGAUCAACUGGAUGCGCUGGAUCUCGUCGUUGGUCAUCCUGUCGGGCGGCCUGACCGCCUCCUACGCUGCGUGGCCCUACGUUCUGCCUGUCAUCCAGAACCGCACUGUCUGGGCCGCUGUCACGCUCGUCUGCAUCUUGCUCUUCACCAGCGGCCACAUGUACAACCACAUCCGCAACGUCCCGUACGUGGCCGGCGACGGGAAAGGCGGUAUCAGCUAUUUCGCAGGUGGCUUUCAAAAUCAGUACGGUCUAGAGACGCAGAUUGUGGCUACCAUGUAUGGUGUCCUGGCGCUCUGCGGCAUUAACCUGGCCAUCAAGGUUCCCCGGAUGACCGACCCCAGGACCCAGAGCGUGGCCCUCUUCGCCUGGAGCGGCGUCCUCUUCGUCGUGUACAGCCUGCUCCUCAGCAUCUUCCGCGGGAAGAACCAGGGCUACCCCUAUUCCCUGCCUCCAUUCAUGUGAAAUUGGGUCCGGGGGUGGUGCUGCAGAUGUCUCCCUUCAGUCGUGCCCAAGGCGAUAUGGAAGCCGGGAGCCGGAGCAAUGAAAGCAAUGUUCGUUUGGUAUGUACAACUAGUUUUAUCAGUGGCGUAUCUAGAGGAACACAAAAAAGUUGCCAUGGUCGAGCGGAUGUUUGUGGGGUCUUCCUAAGGAAAUCAGAGCCUUAGGAACGUCAACGACGCCGGCGAAUAGGACUCACGUCUAGGCAACAUCAUUGUAAUAGCGGCUCCUCUUCGGGCUUCAGGCUGACGAGGAAAUCGCGGCAUAUCUCAAAGCUCAGCCAGCUUGACGCCAUACUCGGCGCCACCUUGAGGAGGUUGGGGAUAAUGCCCUUGUAAAGCCCCUUGAUGCCUUCUUGGGCGAUGAUGACGCGGACCGCGUCCGCGAGGGACUUGUACUGGUAGCCCAUGCCCGACAUGGUGUUGAUUUGGAACCGUCGCCGCAACACAUCG